AUGGCUAACUUUAGCGAAGAGCUAUUUGAUGUUUUUGAUGAAGCAGAAGAUGAAAUAGAAGUAAUUCCACAUUCAUUGAGUGAAAAGAAAUCUGGUGAAACUAUUGGAAUUAAGAGAGGACUUGAAAAUGCUUCUACUGACUUAAUUUCUAAAAGAUUACGACCUGAUCCUGUAUUGGAAGAUUUAAAUAUAGAAGAAUUGGCACCACGCAUCAAAAUACAUACAAUAGAGACAAUUGAGUCGUGCACACAUGAAGUCGCAGUCCCACCUGAUUAUCAAUAUAUGCCAUUGGAAAAUAAACAAGGAAAACCAGCUAAAGAGUACAAAUUUGUGUUAGAUCCUUUUCAAAAGGAAGCAAUACUAUGUAUUGAAAAUAAUCAGUCUGUUUUAGUUUCUGCUCAUACCUCAGCUGGUAAAACUGUUGUUGCAGAAUAUGCAAUAGCAUGUUCACUAAGAGAUAAACAGAGAGUUAUAUAUACAACUCCUAUAAAGGCUUUGAGUAAUCAAAAAUACAGAGAAUUUUACGAGGAGUUUAAAGACGUUGGUUUAGUAACAGGUGAUGUUACAAUUAAUCCAACAGCCAGUGUUCUUAUUAUGACGACCGAGAUCUUACGAAAUAUGCUUUAUCGAGGAUCUGAGGUGAUGCGGGAAGUUGGUUGGGUAAUUUUUGACGAAAUCCAUUACAUGCGUGACAAGGAAAGAGGAGUGGUAUGGGAAGAAACAUUAAUAUUGUUACCAGAUAAUGUGCAUUAUGUAUUUCUUUCUGCCACCAUACCCAAUGCCAGACAAUUUGUUGAAUGGGUUUCACAUUUACACAAACAACCAUGUCACGUUGUUUAUACAGAUUAUAGACCUACGCCUUUGCAACAUUACAUAUUUCCAGUUGGUGGUGAUGGAAUUCAUUUGGUUGUUGAUGAAAAUGGACAGUUUAAAGAAGAAAGUUUUAACAGAGCAAUGGCUUGUCUUCAACACGGCGAUGCGGCUAAAGGGGAUACGAAAGGUCGCAAAGGCGGUAUUCGUCCGUCGAAUGCUGGCCAGACGAAUAUCUUUAAGAUGGUUAAAAUGAUUAUGGAAAGAAAUUUUGCGCCUGUAAUUAUAUUUAGUUUUUCAAAAAAAGAUUGCGAAAUAUAUGCAAUGCAAAUGGCUAAGUUGGAUUUAAAUACUUUGGAAGAAAAGAAAUUGGUCGAUGAAGUAUUCAACAAUGCAAUGGACGUUCUUAGUGAAGAAGAUCGACGUUUGCCGCAAGUCGAAAAUGUUUUACCGCUUUUAAGACGAGGAAUAGGCAUCCAUCACGGCGGGCUCCUACCUAUUUUGAAAGAAACUGUAGAGAUAUUGUUUGGUGAAGGAUUAAUAAAAGCACUUUUUGCGACAGAGACUUUUGCUAUGGGAUUAAAUAUGCCAGCACGAACAGUUUUAUUUACAGCGUCGCGAAAAUUCGAUGGCAAAGAUUUUCGUUGGAUUACUUCUGGAGAAUACAUACAAAUGUCUGGGAGAGCUGGUAGGCGAGGUUUAGAUGAGAAAGGAAUAGUAAUAUUAAUGAUAGAUGAACAAGUCAGUCCGGUUGUCGGUAAAGCUAUUGUACAAGGAAAACCGGAUCCUAUAAAUUCAGCUUUUCAUUUAACUUAUAACAUGGUUUUAAAUCUGUUGAGAGUCGAAGAAAUUAAUCCAGAAUAUAUGCUUGAAAGAAGCUUUUACCAGUUUCAAAAUCAAGCUUCAAUUCCAGAGCUAUAUAAUAAGGUAAAGGACUUGCAAGUUACAUAUAAUGCAGUGACCGUUGAGAAGUAUAGUCAGAUAUCGUCUUAUCAUGACAUACGUGAACAGCUUGAACGUCUUGGUAGUGAAUUCAGGUCUUUUUUAACAAAGCCGGAAUAUUUACUUCCAUUUCUGCAACCUGGGAGAUUGCUUAAAGUGAAAAGCGAAAAUGAAUUGUUCGAUUGGGGUAUUAUUGUAAAUUUUAAGAAGAAAAAUCCAAAAAAUCCAACAAAAGAAAAUACUGUUAUUGUCAUCGAUAUACUACUUCAUAUAUCGAAAGAUUCCAAGGAGGGUUGUCCCAUACCUUGUCGUGAAGGAGAAGAAGGCGAAGUGGAAGUAGUUCCUGUUAUGCAUACAUUAGUCUCCCAAAUUAGUUCACUCAGACUGUACUAUCCGAAAGAUUUAAGACCGCUUGAUAAUAGGAAGAGCGUAUUAAAAACGAUACAAGAAGUGAAAAAGAGAUUUCCAGACGGACCACCGUUAUUGAACCCUAUCACAGAUAUGCACAUCGAAGACGAAGCUUUCAAAAAUAUUGUCAACAAAAUUGAAGUAUUAGAAACCAAAUUGUUUGCACACCCUUUACAUAAGGAUCCUAAUGUGAAUACUCUCUAUGAACAAUUUUUACACAAAGAAGAUUUAGCUAAUCAGAUAAAGCAAGCCAAGCAGGAAUUAAAGCAAGCUAAAUCCAUACUUCAAAUGGAUGAAUUGAAAUGCAGAAAGCGAGUGUUACGAAGAUUGGCAUAUUGUACAGCGUCGGAUGUUAUAGAAUUAAAGGGCAGGGUAGCGUGCGAACUUAACGGAGCUGAUGAAUUAUUGAUGACGGAAAUGAUUUUUAAUGGAUUAUUUAAUUCGUUAAGCGUGCCACAAAUGGUGGCAUUAAUUAGCUGUUUUGUUUGUGACGAUAAAUCAAAUGAAAUGCCUAAGAGCACCGAAGAAUUGAGUGGCCCGCUCAGACAAAUGCAAGAUCUAGCUCGUAGAAUAGCAAAAGUUUCCACGGAAGCUAAUCUGGAGUUAAAUGAAGAUGCGUACGUGGAAAGAUUUAAACCAUAUUUAAUGGAUGUUGUUUAUGCUUGGUGUAAAGGAGCGACCUUUUUACAAAUAUGUAAAAUGACAGACAUAUUUGAAGGUUCAAUCAUAAGAUGUAUGCGCCGUUUGGAAGAAGUUCUUAGGCAGUUAUGUCAGGCAGCAAAAAAUAUUGGAAACACAGACUUGGAAAAUAAGUUUAGCGAAGCGAUCAAACUUAUAAAACGUGACAUAGUUUUUGCUGCAUCAUUGUAUUUGUAAAAAGAAAUAGAAAAUUUUGUAUUUGUUCAAAA